CAGACAGAGAGUCUGUCUGAGAGUCUGAGGAACCUGAAGAAGGACGACAGUGGAACAUAUGAAUGAGGAACCCUGGAGGAGAACCCUCUCUGAAACUGUUCUCCUCAGCAUCGUCCACCUGGAGGCUGGAGGUCCAGCCCUGAACCUGAACCUGAGAGCUCGACCUGGAGACGAUGUCACCCUGAUCUGUCAGGCUCCUGAUGUCGACAUCGCAGCAGCAGAGUGGAGCAGAACUGACCUGGAGGAACUACAAUAUGUCUUCCUUUAUCGAGACGGACACAUUGACUCAGACUACCAGCAUCAGUCUUUUAAGAACCGGGUGGAGCUGAAAGACAAAGAGAUGAAGAACGGCAACCUGUCUGUGAUUCUGAAGAACGUGAAGGAGGAGGACAGUGGAACAUACGAGUGUCGCUUUAAAGCUGCUGGUGAAGGACGCAGGAAGAGAGCCUUUAUUAAAACCAAGCCCAUCAGCACCAUCCAGCUGGAGGUUGCAGAUCCAGAUCCAGGUCUGACAGAGGAACAGGAUGAAGAUCCAGCUGUGGAAGCUGCUGGGAGCCAGCCUGAUAGAGUGAAAAGUGUUGCAGUGAUUGUUCUUGUUUUGGUUGUUUUGGCUGUAUGAUAACAACAUGUAGCUUCCCAGCUGGCAUUUUAACAUUCAUUCAACACUGAAUCAACAUCA